AUGGGGCGCGGCGCACGGAAGCGCGGCCGGGAGGCGGUGGGGCCGCCCCGGGGCCCGCCCUCGGCCCCGCCGGAACUGAUCGUGGCUCGGUGCGGGGCCGCCCCUGGGAGUUCCGUACCGGGUCCCGCCCCGGGGUCCCGCCCCGCCUCACCCGGGCCGGCCCCGCCUCAGGCUCCGGCCGCGGUCGGUGCGCUGCUCGGCUCUCGGGAGCUCGGCCCCCGCAGCCUGCGGCCUAGGCCGAGGAGAUUCUCCAUGGACUUCAGCCAGGAGCGCACACCUGCUGCCUGGCAGCAGAGCUCCUCGGGGGAACUACAGUGGCAUUUACGUGUUGGUAACACCGAGAGCUGUGUUUAUGAAGUCCAGCCUAGGUUCUUGGAGCCUUCUUCAAAAAUCCUGUGUACAGCCACGUUUAGAUUGGCUGAGCAGUUACCUGGCCCUGAAGUCUGCAGCUACCUCAGCAAAAAGAAUUUGGAAAAGAAGAUGGAGAAGUUGAGACCAGACUCGAGGCAUGAAACCAGUGGCUCAGUCAUUAACUUGUUCCAACUUCGGGUGGUGGAAAGCGCCGUUCGUAUUUCUGUGGUGGACGUGAAGGAUUCGCAUCGGAACAGAUUUGAUGAAAAGGAGAAUGUAUCAAACUGUAUCCAGCUGAAGACUUCAGUUAUUAAAGGUAUCAAGAAUCAACUGAUUGACCAAUUUCCUGUUAUUGAACCAUGGCUAAACCAAAUCAUGCCAAAGAAAGAUCCAGUCAAAAUAGUGAGAUGUCAUGAACAUAUAGAAAUCCUCACUGUGAAUGGGGAGUUGCUGUUCUUCAGGCAAAGAGAAGGGAUUUUUUACCCAACGCUGAGGUUGCUUCACAAAUACCCAUUUAUUCUCCCGCAUCAGCAGGUUGAUAAAGGCGCCAUUAAAUUUGUCCUGAGUGGAGCUAAUAUAAUGUGCCCUGGCCUGACGUCUCCUGGAGCAAAGCUUUAUCCUGCUGCUGUUGACACUGUUGUUGCAAUAAUGGCAGAGGGAAAACAACAUGCGUUGUGUGUGGGAGUAAUGAAGAUGUCAGCUGAGGACAUUGAGAAGGUCAACAAAGGGAUUGGUAUUGAAAAUAUCCAUUAUUUAAAUGAUGGCCUUUGGCAUAUGAAGACAUACAAGUGAAACAACAGGAACUGUUACUCCAAAGGAAUGCACUUAGAUUAAAUGUGGACUGCUUUGUAAUUCCUUGUUUUUAAUGUGACUGAAUGUACAAAUUAUUUUGUUCUGUGGCUAUGCUAAAUAAAUCAAAUGCAAAAGUUCU